GGCCGCUCAUUUGGAAGUGGCCAAACACACGAAUCCGCGGAGAGAAAGAGUCCAAGUCCAACAACAGAUCGCCGGCCGUGCCGGCCUGCGGACAUGGCGGCGUCGCACGUGCUCGUCUUCCCGUGGCCGCUGCAGGGCCACAUCAACUGCAUGCUCCACUUCGCCACGGGCCUCGCCGCAGCCGGCGUCCAUGUCACCUUCCUCCACACCGACCACAACCUCCGCCGCCUCGCUCGCGCCUCCGCGGCAGGCUCGCCGCGCCUCCGCUUCUUGUCCAUCCCGGACGGCCUUCCCGACGACCAUCCCCGCUCGGUGGGCGACGUCAUGGAGCUCGCCAAGUCGCUGCUGGCGGCGGGCCCCGUCGCGUACCGGGCUCUGCUCUCCGCGUUGCUGUCAGCCGUGGGGAGCCCGAGCCGUGCUAAUAAUGCCGGCGUCGACCCCGGUGGCGGCGGCUGCUUCCCGUCGGUGACAUGCGUCGUAGCCGAUGGCUUGAUGCCAUGGGCCAUCAACAUUGCCGAGGAUCUCAGCAUCCCGGCGUUCGUCUUCCGCACGGCAAGCGCGUGCAGUUUCUUGGCGUACCUGUCCGUGCCCAAGCUUUUCGAGCUUGGAGAGCUCCCCUUCCCAGAAGGCGGCGACCUCGACGAGCCUGUGCGCGGCGUUCCGGAGAUGGAGAGAUUCCUACGGCGGCGGGAUCUUCCAAGUUUGUGCCGCCGUCGCAGUGAGACCAACGAUGUCGACCCCAUGCUGCAACUGCUGGCCGAGUUCACCGUGUACAGCGGCAAGGCACGGGCGCUCAUACUCAACACGGCCGCCUCUCUGGAGCGGUCAGCGCUCCAACAUAUCACGCCGCACAUGCGCGACGUAUUCGCCAUUGGGCCUCUCCACGCCAUGUCCCCAGCGCCGGCGGCGGCCUCUAGCCUGUGGCGCGAGGACGAAGGCUGCAUGUCGUGGCUCGACGGUCAGGCGGACCGGUCCGUCGUGUACGUCAGCUUGGGAAGCCUUGCCGUCAUCUCCCACGAGCAGUUCACCGAGUUCCUGUCCGGGCUUGUCGCCACCGGCUACCCCUUCCUCUGGGUGCUCCGGCCAGACAUGGUCGGUGCGAGCCAGGACUCCGUCCUCCAAGAAACCGUCAGGGCGGCGGGAGACAGCAAGGUCCGAGUCGUGGCGUGGGCGCUACAGCGAGACGUGCUGCGGCACCGGGCGGUGGGGUGCUUCCUGACGCACUCUGGCUGUAACUCCACGCUGGAGGGCAUCGUCGAGGGCGUGCCUAUGAUAUGCUGGCCGUUCUUCGCCGACCAGCAGAUCAACAGCCGGUUCGUGGGCGCUGUGUGGAGGACGGGGCUGGACAUGAAGGACGUGUGCGACAGAGCCGUAGUAGAGAGGAUGGUGAGGGAGGCAAUGGAGUCCGCCGGGAUAAGGGGCUCGGCUCGGGCUCUAGCGCAGCAGGUGAGGCGGGACAUUGCUGACGGUGGGUCGUCGGCGAUGGAGUUUGAGCGGCUCGUCAAGCUCAUCAGGGAGCUCGGCAUGUCGGAUGCUGAGCCUGAUCUUCAAGCAUGAAUGGGGACUUGAAAGCAGCAUCAGUGACGCCUCAUAUUGUAAGGACAACUUGGCGAUCUCAUAUUGUGAUAUGUUGGUUUUCAACUCCCGAUAAAGAUAAGAAUAAGACCAUUCCAAUCAUAUUCUUUUCUUUUUCUUCCUUCUUGAUUUUCCUCUUCGUUAACAUUCCCUUUAUUUUUUUUCUCAUCUCUAAGAGUUUCCUUUCGAAUGAAUUUGUGUUUGG